GAAGAACAUAAUAAUUGGACAAAAGGGGGUUGAAAAUGUUGGAAGAUUCGAAUUUGGAAGCAUAAAUAAAAGCAGUAAAGAGAAGUUGGACCCCGCUACUCCACUAAGCAUAGCACUUGGCGUAUCAUCAAAAUCAGAGCUUCAAUUUUGUUUCGUUGAAUUGAAUUGUUAUGGCAAGCGCAGGUCUCUAUCGUAGAGCUCUCCCUUCUCCUCCUGCAAUCGACUUCUCCUCUCCUCAAGGCAAGAAUAUCUUUGCUGAAGCUCUAGCUCAUGGAACCAUGGAGGGCUUCUUCAAGUUGAUAUCUUACUACCAAACACAAUCAGAGCCUGCUUACUGCGGACUCGCCACACUUGCUGUUGUCCUUAAUGCUCUCUCCAUUGAUCCUGGUAGAAAAUGGAAAGGUCCUUGGAGAUGGUUUGAUGACUCUAUGCUGGAUUGCUGUGAGCCUUUGGAAAAAGUCAAAGCAGAAGGAAUCACAUUUGGCAAAGUUGCGUGCUUGGCUCGGUGCAAUGGGGCUAGAGUUGAAGCUUUUCGUUCAGACGAAAGUACCGUUGAUGAUUUUCGCAAGCGUUUGAUCUCGUGCUGUUCCUCCGAGGAUUGCCAUGUGAUUGUGUCUUAUCACCGAGCAGCUUUCAAUCAGACUGGUACUGGCCAUUUUUCACCAAUCGGAGGAUAUCACGCCGAAAGGGAUAUGGUUCUCAUUCUGGAUGUUGCUCGUUUUAAAUAUCCUCCUCACUGGGUUCCCACUUCUCUUCUCUGGGAUGCCAUGAAUACAAUUGAUAAAUCAACUGGACAUCGCAGGGGUUUUCAGAAUUGUUGGGAUGAAAAAGAUUACAGUCAAUACUUAUUAUUAGACUAUCCACAGAGUUGUAGACAUGAGGGUUGGAGCAGUAUCGCCAAAUUCUUAGCCGAAGAUGUUCCUCUCCUUCUAAAGUCAGAUGAUUUAAAAGACAUGCAUGAUGUACUCUCUGUUGUAUUUAAGUCUCCUCCUAAUAAAUUAAGAGGGUUCAUCACAUGGGUUGCUGAAGUUCGUCGGCAAGAAGAUGGGAAUCUCACACUGAGUGAAGAGGAGAAAGGAAGGCUAGCUAUCAAGGCAGACAUAUUGGAACAGAUAAGGACAACUGUGCUCUUCAAACAUGUGACCAGGUGGUUGGUUUCGGAAAGUUCGUGCUGCAACAAUGGUUCAAAACUUGGCGACAAAGAUAUUUUACCAGAACUUGCCGCAAACAUUUGUUGCCAAGGGGCAGAUCUUUUGAAUGGUUGCAGUAGGUCAGGUGGAAAAUGCUGUGGACAAAUAGACCUAAAGCAUCUGAAUGUCGAUGGUGAAAAUCAAGCAACGCUGGUUUCUGGAACUGUUACAACUGGUGGCAGCAACGAACAAGGAGUUGAUGUUUUGGUCCCUUUGUGUAAGAGAGAACCGAAUAGUUUGUGUUUAUCUGAUGAAGGUCAGUGCAUCGGAAUGCACCCUUCUACGGCAGAUGUCUUAACAGUGCUUCUAUUGGCGCUGCCGUUGCAUACUUGGUCAGGCAUUAAGGAAGAAAAGCUGCGUGAAGAAGUUAAUAGCAUUCUAACAACUGAAAAUCUUCCUCCCUUACUUCAGGAAGAGGUUUUGUUCCUGCGAGAGCAGCUCUGUUUUCUCAUGAUGGAUAUUGGUGCUUCUUCUGUUCCUUAAGGCAUGCACUAUUGAUCUUGAUUCAUGUAAAGACUAAGGUGUCCUACAUUAUAAUUGAUUACAUUUCUCUCCUUCUUUUCCCAUUAUUGUAUCCAUGGGAUGUUUAUUUUUUGUAUCGUCAAAUAACAUUGCUAGUUUGAACAAAUAAAAGUGGAGGAUAUCAUAAUUCA